UCUUCUUCAUCAAAAGAAAGAAAAAAAAUCCCCAAUCUCCAAUGGCAAAAUCCACAAAAAUUCUCUCAUCAAUCCUCAUUCUCUUCUUCAUUUUCACUCUAUUUUCUUCAUCAAACGCAUUAGGCGGAAAACUCGGCGGAAGAACACAAAUCAAAGACGUGAAAACAAAUCAGGAAAUUCAAGAUCUAGGUAAGUACUGCGUCGAAGAACACAACAGAAAUUUGCGGUAUAAAAAUGGUGCUCUGAGUUCUUUAUUGAGUUUUUCUCAAGUUGUUGAAGCAGAAGAACAAGUUGUUUCUGGUGUUAAAUAUUAUCUAAAAAUCUCAGCUAUUGUUAAAUCAUCUAGUUCACCAAAAUUGUUCGAUGCUGUUGUUGUUGUUAAAGCUUGGGAGAAGAAGAAGAAGGAAUUGCUUACGUUUUCUCCUUCUCCUUCACCGGCUACAAAGUGAAUUUUCGAUGGUUGAUAGUGGCUAAAAGUUAAAACUUCUAUUAGUGCUAAUGUUGUUAAUCUAAUUUUGAAGUACUUUAAUUUGUAGCCUUUUUAUUUUUUUAACCUAUUUUGAGUUCUCUUGUGUACUAUGGUGAUGCAAUAAUCAAUGAAUGACAUAUGUAUUAGUAUGUUAUUAUAGAUAAA